GCCGAGGAUUACAGGCUGGCUUUUUAUGCCUUUCUGCCUCCCCGGAGGAAAGCCGGCAGUUCAUGCUGUUCUCCCCACUCCACUAAUUGACUCCUAAUUUGGCAAAUGGAUUUUAAGGUGGAAUGAGAAAGCCGACCCCUCUUUGCGUUGGCGUUGGCGCCGCUUCCAGCCCUCCGGCGUGCGUUCGUAUUGGUAAUUCUCCACAAAAAGAGAAGUUUGAAUCCUGCCAGUCCUACAAGUGGGCUACAAGCGCUGAUCCACACUGCGAAACACCUCCGGGAAAGCGGCCGAUCGAAGUGGAUGGAUUCGCAGUUUACGCGGAGGCAGAUUUAAGAUGUCGAAGAUCUCCAAGGCCGCCAAGGUCGUGAAGAAGGUGGACGCCGGCAAUGUAAUCCGGGCCAUCGUGAGGUCGGGACAAGCGACCCCCGGACCCCCGCUGGGCCCCAUCCUGGGACAGAGAGGAAUCCCCAUCGGGCAGUUCUGCAAGGACUUCAAUGAGAAAACAAAGGAGCUGAAGGAGGGCAUCCCUGUCCCGAUCAAGAUCCACGUCAAGCCCGACCGGACAUACGACCUGAAGAUCGGCCAGCCCACCGUGUCCUACUUCCUCAAGCAGGCGGCGGGCCUCGCCAAAGGGGCCACCAAGACCGGCCAUGAGACCGCGGGGAUGGUGUCCGUGCGGGCCGUGUAUGAGAUUGCUCAGGUGAAAGCUACGGACGAGUGCUUCAAAAUGAGGAACGCCUCCCUGGAAACCGUCGUCAAGAGCAUCGUCGGCUCGGCGCGUUCGCUCGGCAUCCAGGUCGUCAACGAUCUCUCAGCCGAUGAGUACAAACUCUUCAUGGAGCAGAGAGAGGAGAAGUUGAAAGCUGAAGCAGCAGCUGAAGCCGCUGCAGCCGAAGCUCCGCCAGGAAAAAAGAAAUGAAGAUCUGCAACAUUUUUAUUAUUCUCCCCCAUUCCUGUUUGUAUUGCGUCUGUAUGUGACCUUCUUUCACACACAAACUGUUCAUGUCAGUUAAUAAACGUAGUUGUUAUGUGAA